CAAAGGAAACUUCACAUCAGUACAAAAACCAACAACUCAGGAACAAAAAUAUUUCUUGAGGUAUUAAGAAAUGAUCAAGAAAUUUUAAAACAUCAACAAACCAUUUCCAAAAUUUAUAAGGUAAUUCAAUGGCCCCAUAAAAGCAAUGUCAUAAUGAAAAAUUACAAAAUAGAAGAAGAAUUUCGUAGGGAGAAGAGCAAAGCCCUAACCUUGCUAUUGGCAGAGGUGGAAUUGCUUAAAGAGAAGCUUGGUUUUGAUGAUGCAUUCAACUACAAAGAAGAAACAGAUCUCAAGUCAACUCUCAAAAGGUACUUCCCUGAUGGCAUUGACAUAUAUUUUGACAAUGUGGGAGCUGAUAUGCUUGAAGCUGCAGUUUCCAACAUGAACCUAUUUGGUAGAGUUGCAGCUUGUGGGGUAAUCUCUCAGUACACAGACGUCACAAAACGAGCUGCACCGGACAUGAUUGAUGUUGUUUAUAAGAGAAUCACUAUCCAAGGCUUCUUAAGUACCGAUUAUAUGAAUGUUUAUGCAGAUUUCCUCUCAACAACUGCUGAUCACCUUCGCAAUGGGAAAAUGAAGGUGCUCGAGGACAUUUCACAUGGCGUGGAAAGCAUUCCAACCGCUUUUAUGGCACUUUUUAGCGGUGAUAACAUUGGAAAAAAGAUUGUUCAAAUCACAGCAGAUGUUUAGAACUCAUUUUGAGUAUUAGAUGUGUAAUAACUCGACCCUCGUAUGUGUUUCUAGUAUACUUUCAGUCCCUCAUUCUGUGCAUUUAAAUGCUUACUGUGAAAUUUUAUGUGAAAUUAAGUAUAAUUAAGUGAAUCUUAUGAAUAUGGAUUCGUAUCUGUCUAAUAGGAGCAAAAUCUGUUACAA